AUGCCGCGUCGACCCUCCAGCACUUCGUCCAUCAACGACCCCUCCGACCCCUCGUCCUAUCCCUCCCCCUCUGGAAAGAGCGGCAUCGCCAUCAAGGCACCCAAGACCAACCGCCUCGCUCAGUUUUUCUCGACCUCUCCCAAGUCCAAGGCCGAGCCCCAAACUGCGCGAGCUGCCCUCCAGAACGCCAGUGGUACCAAUCCCGCCGCCCCGCCGAUCAGCUCCGCCUCACUGUCCUUACCGACCAUCUCGCUGUCUACUGCGACUGCGGACAACCCAAACAUGAACGAACCGCCUACAACGCUUUUUCAACCUCCGUCACCGGAGGAGGCUCGCCGUCUGACCAAGCAACAUGCCCAGUUCGGGCCCCUCGGUCACCCAAGCCAUCGGUAUUCCAGCCGGCAUCCCGGUGGCCAUUUCCCCGAGCCCGUGAUGGACGAGCCUCCUUAUUAUUAUCUGAUUACUACGUAUAUUAGCUACCUGAUCCUAAUUGCUUUUGGUCACGUUCGUGAUUUCUUCGGAAAACGCUUCCGCGAGGAGAAUUAUCGCCACCUGAAGCCACGGAAUGGCUAUGCGGCCCUCAACAGCGAUUUCGAUAACUUCUACGUUCGCCGCCUCAAGCUUCGUAUCAACGAUUGUUUUGAACGGCCUGUCACCGGUGUGCCCGGAAGAAACAUUACUCUCAUCGACCGAGCGACUGACGACCACAACAAGAACUUUUACCUGACUGGCACUACGACCGACACGUUGAACCUGAGCUCCUACAACUACCUCGGGUUCGCUCAAUCAGAAGGCCCCUGUGCGGAUAUUACGGAAGAGGCCGUUCGCAAGUACGGCAUUACGCCCGUGAGCACACGCGCAGAGGUUGGUACACAGGACCUGCACAUCGAGCUCGAGGAUCUAGUCGCCAACUUUGUUGGUAAGGAAGCGUCCAUGGUCUUUUCGAUGGGUUUCGGUACCAAUGCAAACAUCUUCCCGGCUCUCGUUGGCAAAGGUGACUUGCUUAUCUCCGAUGAGCUUAACCACGCCUCCAUCCGGUUCGGUGCCCGUCUAUCUGGAGCCUCUAUUGCCAUGUUCAAGCACAACGAUAUGCGUGAUCUAGAGUCAAAACUUCGAGAGGCUAUUAGCCAGGGUCAGCCCCGUACUCACCGACCAUGGAAAAAGAUCCUCAUCGUUGUUGAAGGUCUCUACUCUAUGGAAGGCUCGAUGUGCAAUCUUCCCGGUCUUAUUGAACUCAAAAAGCGUUACAAGUUCUACCUCUUUGUCGACGAAGCACACUCAGUCGGAGCCAUCGGACCCAAUGGCCGCGGUGUUUGCGAUUACUUUGGCAUCGACACCAAGGAUGUUGACAUUCUCAUGGGUACAUUGACCAAGUCAUUCGGUGCUAACGGGGGCUACAUUGCCGCCGACACCGCGAUGAUUCACAAGCUCAAGGCAAUCAACUCUGGCAUGUUCUAUGGAGAAUCAACAGCGCCGGCUGUUAUCGCGCAGAUUGUCUCGGCACUUCGACUCAUCAAAGGUGAACUUAUUCCAGGCCAGGGUGAGGAGCGACUGCAGCGUUUGGCCUUCAACUCUCGAUACCUUCGUCUUGGGUUGAAGCGUCUUGGCUUUAUAGUGUACGGUCACGACGAUUCGCCAAUUGUCCCUGUUCUCCUCUUCAACCCUGCCAAGAUGCCGGCCUUCUCCCACGAAAUGCUGAAGCGAAAAAUCUCCGUUGUCAUUGUCGGUUACCCUGCGACGCCUCUGGUUUCCUCGCGUGCUCGAUUCUGUGUCUCGGCUGCUCACACAAAGGAGGAUCUUGACCGUAUCCUGACGGCUUGUGACGAAAUUGGCAACGUCCUCCAGCUCAAAUUCUCUACUGGGGUCGCUGGCGGUGCUAUUCCCUUGACCGACGACAUGGCACCCCCGCCGGAGAAGGAAGUCCAGUGGCAGCAGAAACGAAACCCGACGAUUGUCCCUCCCAGGUGGCGCAUAGAGGACGUCAUUAGGCGUGGUGUCCAAGAUGUCAAGUCACCUCUGUUCUAA